AUGCCAAAGAUAAUUGGUGCACACCUGUCAAUAAGCAAUGGAAUCCAUACUGUCCAAGAACAAAUGGACUUGCUUGAGCUGGACACCUGUGCAAUAUUCCUCAAGAACCAAAAGCGGUAUUCUUCCGCUCCACUCAGCGAUGCAGCUGCACAGAUGUUCCGUCAAAGCAUUCGCCAUCCAGAGAUUAUUCUGCCGCAUUCUUCAUACCUUGUGAAUCUCGCUGUGGAUUCGGCUCAAAAAGGUAUGGAAUGCUUUAUCGAUGAUCUCAAAAGGUGCAAUUCGCUGGGAAUCAAGAUGUACAACAUCCAUCCCGGAAGUAGUAAAGGAAAAUGCAUUCAGGCUGCGCUCGCCACCAUCAGCAAAAACAUAAACAUAGCCCUGGCUGCUGUUCCAGAUGUUAUUGUUCUAAUAGAAAAUAUGGCGGGGCAAGGCAAUGUUGUUGCAAGCAAUUUCGAACAGAUAAGAGAUAUAAUUGAUGCUGUCGAUGACAAGCAGCGUGUGGGCGUAUGCCUUGAUACAUGCCAUCUGUUUGGUGCAGGAUUCGAUAUACGCACCGAAGAGCAGUUUGCAGAGAUCAUAAGGAGGUUCGAUCAGACAGUUGGCAUGCAAUACCUUAAGGCAAUGCAUAUCAACGACAGCAAACAGCCGCUUGGCUCUCGUAAAGACAGGCAUGAGUCAAUAGGAAAAGGGCUGAUCGGAUGCAAUGCAUUCAGAUUCAUCAUGAAUAGUAAUUUUUCUGAUGAUAUUCCACUAAUUCUGGAAACACCAGACCAAGACAUGUACAAGCAUGAAGCAAAUCUUUUAAGAGGCUUUAUAAACAUCUGA